AUGACUUUCCGAUGGGGGGGGGGGGUGGGGGGGGGGGGAGGGGGGGGGGGGGGGGGGGGGGGGGGGGGAGGGGGGGGGGGGGGGGGGGGGGGGGGGGGGGGGGGGGGGGGGGGGGGGGGGGGGAGGUGGGGGGGGGAGGGGGAGGGGGCGGCACUCCUUCGCAAAGGCUCCCUGUGUUAUCAACUCGGUUGUGUGGCCCUCCGUGUGGCCUCCUUCCAUGGCUCUGGUUCGGGGGAUCUCCUGGUCGGACUGAGGUUGGGUUUUGCUCGGGGGGUGUGCUGGGGGGAAUGA